AUGACUAUCAAUGCAUCUUAUAUGAAUAGAGAAGAUGUAGUUAGAGAAAUUUGCAACUACAUUUAUGGUAAUGCAUUGCCAUUUAAUAUUGUAAGGAGCCUUCUUUUCAUCCAAAUGUUAAAGGCAGUUGGAAAGUAUGGCAAAGGUUUGAAGCCACCUUCUUAUCAUGAGGUGAGGGUUUCCUAUUUGACAAAAGUUGUGGAUAAUGUUCAACAAAGUUUACAAAAAUGGAAAAAAGUGUUUGAGUUGUUGGACAACAUGGUGGAUGAAAUUGGAGAGGAGUAUGUUGUCCAAGUAGUUACAGAUCGAGCUUCUAACCUUGUGGCAGCUGGGAAAAUAAAGUUCUCUAAUGGAAGGGAAUUAGCAAGGCCAGUUGUCACUCAUUUUUCUACUUCUUAUCUUACAUUAAAUUGUAUUAUGCAACAAAAGAAUGCUCUUAGAUCAUUGUUUGCUUCAGAGGAAUGGGCAACUAGUCCACAUGCUACUAAAACUGAGGGUAAGCAAGUGUUGAAUCUAGUGUUGAGUGAUGAUAGAUUUUGGAGGUCAAUCACCUAUUGUUUAAAAUGUGUGAUUCCACUUGUGAAAGUACUGAGGUUGGUAGAUGGUGGUGCAAAACCAAUUAUCUCUUAUAUUUAUGAAGCAAUGAAUAGAGUCAAGGAGCAAAUUGCUGAAAAUUUCCAAGUGAUAAAGACAAGGUAUAAAAAAGUGUGGAAAAUUAUUGACACUAGGUGGAAUCUUCAACUACAUAGGCCUCUCCAUGCAACAACCUAUUAUCUCAAUCCUAGAUAUCGCUAUGACAAAAAAUUCAAUAUGGAUAGGGAGGUAUUGAUUGGUUUAUAUGAAACAUUUGGAAAAAUGGUUUUGGAUAUAGACACAAGAGUUGCAAUUGAUCAACACCUUGAAAAGUUCAAGGGAGCUAAGAGGCUUUUUGGAAUGGACAUGGCAAUAGCUACUAGAAACAAGAAACAACCCGAUAAUGAAAUUACUUUCAUUACCAUUUUUAUAUGA